UCACGUUUGCAUGGAUAACACAUUUUAUGAACUAAAUGCGUCUACUGUAGAAUAGUAGUCACGUGACCUCCAUACAGGGCCUGCUGUCUGUUUUCAGUGGAGGGAGAGAUCCGAAGAAAAAUGGCGACUGCAGGCGACCUAAAGCGGGACGCCGGCCAUUCUAUUUGAACUUUCUACUAAAAAUUGAGCCCGGGGCUUGGUGGGGCUAAUUGAMACUAUCGCAAKGUUGGUUAYGGUUUCCGAGGGUGCCCGUUUUUUCGGGUUUGCGUGGACUAGUCGCGCGCUAAAAUUGAAAUAAAAAAUAAUACAUCUGCUACAAUGCGAGGGAGAAGAGGAAGGCCGCCUAAACAGGCAGCGGAGAUGCAGGAGGUUUCUCCUGGGCCAGUUCGCGGUUCGAGAGGGAGAGGUAGCCGUGGUAGGGGAAGGGGCCGAGGACGUGGCCGCGGACGAGGUUCGGUGGUGGAUACCGGUGAUACAGAAAUMAAUCGGAGAGAAAACUACCAUUCGUCCAGGGGCCGGAGGAAAGUUGGAGCAGCGACGACAUCGCGGGGCAGAGGAAGAGGCAGGGGUUCGAGAGGCGGUCGCGGCAGCAGGGGGAGACGGCCACUGUGCAAGGUGGUCUACGAUGACAAUAGCGACGAGGAAGAGGAUAAUAUUAGUUUGAGGUCGGAGGAAGACGAACUUUUACACGAGAAUCCCUCAGACUACGAAGAGGAGGCCGUGGAUAAUGAGUCCGAUUUUCUGGAAGAAUUACCAGAUGAGGAUGAUGCUAGCUACUGUACAGAGAGCAGCUUUCGGAGCCAUGAUAGCACGCACGGAAGCACUCCAGGCCGGAGGGGCAGACGCCCMCACCGGCCCCGCUCGCCCAUCUUCGAGGCCAAAGAGGUGCCCCCCCUGGAGCUGCCAAAGUCCUCAGAGGACCUUUUGGUGCCGGCCAAUCAGCUCCUCAACAUCUCGGCCGUCUAUGAGGUGCUGCGCCACUUCGGCUCGGUCCUGCGCCUCUCGCCGUUCCGCUUUGAGGACUUUUGUGCGGCACUGGCGGGCCAGGAGCAGUGCACCCUGCUGGCUGAGACCCACACCGCCCUGCUCAAYGCCAUCCUGCGCGAGGAGGACACAUCCAACACCACGUUCGGUCCUGCCGACCUCAAGGACAGCGUCAACUCCACGCUCUACUUCAUCGACGGCAUGACCUGGCCCGAGAUGGUGCGCGCCUACUGCGAGAGCGACCCAGAGUACCGCCAGGUGCUCCCUUUACUGGAGGGCGAGGAGUACCCCUACGAGCCCCUCGAGAGCAAAAUUAAGGUCCUUCAAUUCCUCGUGGACCAGUUCCUGGCCACCAACCUGGCUAGAGAAGAGUUGAUGUCGGAGGGGGUGYUGGCGUAUGACGACCACUGCAGGGUGUGCCAUCGGCUGGGGGACCUCCUCUGRUGUGAGACGUGCUCGGCCGUCUACCACCUGGAGUGCGUGAAGCCGCCGCUGGUGGAGGUACCCGAGGACGAGUGGCAGUGCGAGGUGUGCGUGGCACACAAGGUGCCCGGCGUGGUGGACUGUGUGACGGAGGCGCAGAAGAGCCGGCCAUACAUCCGCCAGCUGCCAAUCGGCUAUGACCGCCACCGCCGCAAGUACUGGUUCCUGGACCGCCGCAUCGUGGUUGAGGAGGACGGCGAGCAGGAGGACAAGACCAUCUGGUACUACAGCACCAAGGUGCAGCUGGCUGAGCUGAUUGACUGCCUGGACAAGGGUUACUGGGAGGCCCACUUGUACGCCACGCUGGAGGAGAUCAGGGACGAGCUGCACACGUACAUGGACAUCACCGAGGAGCUCACCAACAAGGCCCGCGGCGUCAACAAGUGCUUCCUCACCGCCGCCAACGAGGAGAUCCUGAACCGGCUGAGGGCCAAGCAGGAGCWGGAGCUGGAGGAGGUGAAGCGCCGGGCGGCAGAGGAGAGAGAGAAGGCGGAGGCGCAGGAAACUCUCCGGAAGGAGGAGGAGACGGAGGGGGGAGAGACAAAGGAGAAGACUGACGACCUAGAGAAGAAGYGAGAGGAGGAGGGAGCAGGGGAGGGUAAGGCUGAGAAGGACAAGGACAAGGCGACCAAAGAGGGGACCACCAUUACAGCCGAGCUGGCUCCUUCUACUGGUGAGGGCUCCAUCCCUGAGGGGAGUAAGCCUGAUCUCCCGCCUCCACAACCCACUCUCCCCGCAACAGAGGCCCCCAGCCCUGCCAUGGGGGGGCAAGACAUCCCUCCCGGGGCCCGAGAGCCUGGGGAUGAGGCCAAAACCAACAUGGAGGGCGUGCAGGAGGCUGAAGAGAAGGCAGGUUCUGAGUCUAGCUCUCCCGGGGGAGAGGGGGUCCCCAGCCUGAGCCAGCCCCCUCARCCCAGUGGUGAGGAGAACAGUAACAGCAGCACCAUUACCAGGGAGGCCCCCAGGGUCCCGGAGGAGCCCGACCUGGCCGACAGGUCCUCUCAGUCCUCUAUCAACAGCCAGGACGACCAGGGGGUGAACGGCGAGGCCGGUGGAAAGCGGUCGGCAGUCACGCCGGGCGGCCGCAUGGUGACCCGCCUGCGUAACCCGGAGAGUAAGCUGAGCCAGCUGAAGAGCAAGAAGGUGGAAGAAGCCGUUCACGAGGCCAACAAGGGCUACAAGGAGGGCAAAGAGGUGCUGGUGGUGACCSCGGCGGGCGACGUGUCGCGUCUCAGCACCCGCAGCCUAACAAGCAAGGAAGUGGUGAUGAAGGGCACACUCAGCCACUUCUUCAAGCUGGGCCAGGAGGGCAAGUACCGCGUCUACCACAACCAAUACAGCGGAAAUACGRUGGCCCUCAACAAGCCCCAGCACCGUGAGGACCUGGACAAGCGGCGACACCUCUCGCACAAGUUUUGCAUGACGCCGGCAGGCGACUUCAAGUGGAACGGCUCCAUCCACGGCUCCAAAGUGRUGACCAUCUCCACGCUGCGCCUCACCAUCAUCCAGCUGGAGACCAARGUGCCCGCACCCUUCAUGCACCCCAACUGGGCCUCACACAGGAACAACUGGAUUAAGGCGGUGCAGAUGUGCAGUAAGGCCAGGGAGUUUGCCCUGGCCAUGGCCAUCUUGGAGUGUGCCAUCAAACCUGUGGCCCUGCUCCCUGUCUGGAAGGACUCUCUGGGACACACCAGGCUACACCGUAUGACGUCCAUGGAGCGGGAGGAGAAGGAGAAGGUGAAGAAGAGGGAGAAGAAGCUGGAGGACGAGGAGACCAUGCAGCAGGCCACCUGGGUCAAGUACACCUUCCCCAUCAAGCACCAGGUGUGGAAGCAGAAGGGAGAGGAGUAUCGUGUGACGGGCUGGGGCGGCUGGAGCUGGAUCAGCAAGACGCACGUGCACCGCUUCCUAACCAAGCUGCCUGGCAACACCAACGCCAACUACCGCGCCGAGCUGGAAGCUGCCAGACGUGGCGAAGAAAUGCAACUUGCUGGAUUGGGUCCAAGGCCAAGGUUGUUCAAAACAACUGUAGUUUCAGAAACCCCAGGGAAGCAGAAGACCCGUAGAGAAAGAUGGGGGUGCUACCACCACCACCACCACCACCACCACCAGUACCACCCCAGAGCCCUCAGCAGACCGCCUGUCGGGAGAGAAGACGAAGGAAAAGUCAGAGGAGGGAAAGAAAGAAGAGAGUGACGGCCAGCGAAGGUGAAGAUGCAAGACUCCGCUGCAGAGGAGGCUGCUGACAAGAUGGAGGUGGACCCUAGCCUCUCAGACUCAGGACAAAAUGAUGAAAAAGGGACCUGCAGCAGCCCAGGGACCGAGACGGAYACGACGUGCGUGAGGCAGGAGCUCGGUGAGGGGAAUGCAAGGCCUUUCAACUACGACGUGGUGGACGUGGCCCAGGGCUUCCUGAUGCGCGUGGCCUACAAGAAYAAGGUCAAGGCCUCCAAGCUGGACGGUCUGCUGGAGCGGCGCGUCAAACAGCACGCACUGGAGGAGAAGCAAAGGGUUCAGGUCUCCCUGACCAAGCCUACCCCAGUGAAGAUCACCCUGGCCCUGCCGCAGACCCCACUCCAGCCCCAAACUCCGACCCAGGCCCAGAGUCCCACAGUGAAAUUGGAGUUCAGCACCCCUUCGGUGCCACCUGCGCUUGCUCCAUUGUCAGUCAAAGGGGAGGUGCAGGCGGGCCCUUCAAAGACCGCUGAGGGGUUCCCUCACCCAGCCACAGCGACCCCAGCCAAAGAGCCUGCAGCUGAAGCAUUCCCUAGGACACAAAACCAAAUAACCCCCCAGAAACAGGAGGGAGACCUCCCUGAGAGGACUAUAGGGCCCACAGGGGCCGGUUCAGGGCAGGAAGGCCUUAAAAGGCCCAGCAGCACAGCGGAACCAAUGGAAACUCAGAGUUCAGGUGGGAUCCACUACACUGGCAGACCAUCAGAGUCUACCAGCGACAAGCCCGCUUCCACCGAGGGUGCAGGACCUGAAGUGGCCAUUUUUAAACCCCACUCCACAACGAUUCCUCCAAGCACUAUAACCCAGGAGGGCAGCCAUAGUGCAGCUACCGUUCCUAAACCCCCCCAGCAAAGCACAGAGAAGAACGGGAAGGGGCCCGAGGAGAGGCAGGGCAACGGACAGAGCAGCACUGAGGUCAUCGCCACUGGGUCCCACUCCUCCUCUCUACCUCAGAUCAAUGGAAAUGACAGCGUGGAGGCUAAAGCCUUGACCAACUCUUUACCAACUCCAAACGAGCCCUCCGARGCUCACACUAACAGCUCUGAGGUCAAAGUGAACAGUCUAGGCAAGGCGGAGGGAGAGGGUCAAGUAGUCUCGCCCCCAAAGCCCUUGCUCAACGGCAAUGUGGCCCCUGUAGCCGAGAGGACUGGGCCUGACAGCACGGAACCAAGGCCGGCUCUAAGGGUAGAGGUGGAGAGCAAGGUCAUAGUGUCGGUGCAGGACUGCCAGCCCCCGGUGAAGGUGGCCAGGCUGGAAAACAACAUGGAGGUGCUCGGAUCUACAACCACCCAGCAGCUCAACAACACCCAGCCCAUGGAAGUUAAGCCUGAUGCUGCCACMCCCAACAAAAUGUCCCCCUCGUCGGUGCGCUCUGCGGAGGAGAGCAGCAACAGUGGGGUGGGAUCCCUCUGUAAGACCAUACUCACCCAGGUAACCACCACAACAACCACCACCACCACGGUAUCCACAGAGUCUCGGCUAACGGCGGGGGUCUCAAGCUCUUCGGGGGCAARGCCCGCGCCCAUUGUCUCAACCACCGAGAGCAGCGCGGUGUCCACGCUCGCCACCAUGACCAAAACCACCGUGACCAAAAUGCGCUCACCCACACCCGACAGCCAAUCGGACGAGAGCCAGAGCGAAACGGUGACCGAGUACAAGACAACGCUCUUCGCCACCCACAAGGAGUCCUCUCGUUUAACCUCCUCUMUUUCGGGGGUCGCGACCUCGUCGACCUCCACCAAGGGCCGCAUUCGCCUCCUCAAGUUCUCGCGCACCAAAAAGACGCGCUCGGGAACCGCCUUGCCAUCCUACCGCAAGUUUGUUACCAAGAGCCAGCGUAAGAGCAUCUUUGUCCUGCCCAACAACGACCUGAAGAAGCUGGCACGGCAGGGUGGCAUCCGUGAGGUGUCCAUCUUCAGCUACAACGCCAAGCCGGCCCAGGACAUCUGGCCCUACCCCUCGCCCAGACCCACCUAUGGUAUCACAUGGAGGUACCGUCUCCAGACAGUGAGGUCCCUGGCAGGGGUCAGUCUGAUGCUGAGGCUACUGUGGGCCUGUCUGAGGUGGGAUGACAUGGCCGUCAAGCCCUCCGCCGCUGUAGGCACCACGCGAACAGAGACCUCCGAGACGGAGAUCACCACCACAGAGAUUAUCAAGCGCCGCGACGUGGGGCCCUACGGCAUCCGCUCGGAAUACUGCAUCCGCAAGAUCAUCUGCCCCCUCGGCACUCCCGAGACCCCGAAAGAGACCCACACACCACAGAGGAAAGGCCUGCGCUCCAGCAACCUGCGGCCCAAGAAGCCGGAGCCCAAAAAGGAAACUGGGCCGGUGGUGAUUGAGUCCUGGGUGGCCGAGGAGGAGCUGGACCUCUGGGAGAUCAGGGCCUUCUCCGAGAGGGUUGAGAAGGAGAAAGCCCAGGCGGUGGAACAGGCCAAGAAGCGUCUGGACCAGAAAACGGGCACUGGCUCUACCACUGUCACCACCACGGGGAGCCCAGCCACCCCCGCUUCCACCCCCAAGGUAGUGACCCUGUCGGGCCAGGCCACCCCCGGAACCAAAGUGGUACUGGCUACCAAGAUGGGCACCCCCGUCACCUUCCAGCAGAACAAGAACUUCCAGCAGUCGUUUGCUUCCUGGGUCAAGCAGGGGCAGCCCAGUGGAGCCUCGCCGGGCACGGUGGCCACGACGYCCGGACAGACUUUCCAGAUCACGGGCACGUCCAUGGGGGGCAAGGUGCUCACCGCCAAGCUUCCGCUGCCCGCCAACAGCAAGAUUGUCACUGUCAACGUGCCAACCACUCAAGGAGGUAUGAUUCAGAAGCAGGUGCUGGGCAUCAUCCCUUCAAGCCAAGCUGGCGGCGCCCAGACCUUUGCCUCGUUCCAGCCUCGCACCACAACCAUAAACAUCAGGCCGGGCAUGCCAGGCUCACCACAGCAGGUGCUCACCGCUGGAGGCCAGAUCCGUCCGGGGAUGACUGUGAUCCGCACCCCCAUCCAUCAGACAGGCGCCAUGGGUAAAACCAUCCUCCGAACCCCCCUCAUGGUGCAGCAAGGUCAGGCGGGCCAGCAGGUGGUGACCCAGAUCAUCCGUGGGCAGGCCGUGUCCACGGCCAUCUCAGGUGCCAGCCCCGUCACCACCAUGGCCGGGCAGAGGAUGGGCAGCACCCCCAAAACCCUGGGCCAGCCCAACACGGCCCAGACGCCGCAGCAGCGGGUACAACAGGGCCAGGGCCAGGUCAAACUCACCCUGGCACAACUCACCCAGCUCACCCAGAAGCAGCAGAGCCAGGCAGUAGAGCGGCCAGGCGGCGGGGCCCAGGGCCUGACGGUGAUGAUCCAGGGCCAAGGCCAGGCCACGGGCCAGCUGCAGGUCAUCCCCCUUCAGCUUCAGGGAUCACCCCACCAGCUCAUCACUGUCCCGGGCCUCCAGCAACAGGUCCAGGUCCUGGCUCAGCUCCAGGCCCAACAGGGGACCUCCGGAGGCUCUCUCCCCCAGCAGAUCAAGCUCCAGCUUCCCAUCCAGAUCCAGCAACCCGGGGUCGGUGGAGCCCAGCCUGGAGGUUCGAUCCAGAACGUGGUGGCCAUCCAGACGGCCAGCGUGCAGGAGCAYCUCCAGAGGAUCCAGCAGCUGAGGGAGCAGCAACAGCAGAAGAAGAGGCUGGCGGCCGAGGCCAAGCGGGAGCAGGCGCUGGCGACGGCCAGCCAGAGCGACAUCAUCCAGAAACAGGUGGUGAUGAAGCAGAACGCAGUGAUCGAGCACCUCAAGCAGAAGAAGCCCAUYUCCCCCGCCGAGAGAGAGGAGAACCAGAGGAUGAUUGUGUGCAACCAGGUGAUGAAGUUCAUCCUGGACAAGAUCGACAAGGACGAGAAGCAGGCGGUCAAGAAGAGGAGGAAGGAGGAAGCAGGCGAGCAGAAGAGGACCAAGGCCAACGCCACCAAGCUGUCGUCGCUGCUCUGCCGGCACAAGGAGARGCUCAAGGCCGAGAUCCUCAAGAAGAGAGCCCUGCUGGACAAGGAGCUGCAGCUGGAGACGCAGGAUGAGCUGAGGAGGGACCUCGCCAAGCUGCGACGGGACAAGGAAAGGGCCCAGGCCGCCGCCCACCAGGCGGCCGCCGCCGCACACACGCAUCACGCCCUCACACACACCUCCCAACUCAACCCGGCGGCCUUCGUCCACAAGCGGAAGCGGGAGGAGGAGAGGGACGCGGCGUCGACAACUAACACCAAGAAGAAGAAGAUGAUCACCACCACUACCUCAGACAGCAAGAAGGAGAUCAAGCUCUACUGUGUCUGCAAAACGCCCUACGACGAGUCCAAGUUCUACAUUGGCUGUGACCUGUGCACCAACUGGUACCACGGCGAGUGUGUGGGCGUCACCGAGAAGGACGCCAAGAAGAUGGACGACUACAUCUGCAGCGAGUGCAAGCGGGCCCAGGAGGGAAAGAACGAGGAGCUCUACUGCAUCUGUCGAACGCCCUACGAUGAAGCACAGUUCUACAUCGGCUGCGACCGCUGCCAGAACUGGUACCACGGCCGUUGCGUGGGCAUCCUGCAGAGCGAGGCCAACCACAUCGACCAGUACGUGUGUCCGCAGUGCCAGUCCACAGAGGACGCCAUGACCGUGCUCACGCCGCUCACCGACAAGGAUAACGAGGGGUUAAGGAGAAUCCUGCGCUCCUUACAGGCUCACAAAAUGGCGUGGCCGUUCCUGGAGCCGGUGGACCCGAACGACGCCCCAGACUACUACGGAGUCAUUAAGGAACCAAUGGAUCUUUCUACGAUGGAGGAGCGGUUGCAGAAGCGCUACUACAUCAAGCUGACGGAGUUCGUGGCGGACAUGACCAAAGUCUUCGACAACUGCCGUUACUACAACCCCAGCGACUCGCCGUUCUACCAGAGCGCCGAGGUCCUCGAGAACUUCUUCGUCCAGAAGCUCAAAGGGUUCAAAGCCAGCAGGUCUCAUAACAACAAACUGCAGUCUACAGCCUCUUAGAAUACACAGUCGGCACUCCUUCUAAAGCUUACUGUCAAAAUGGCUGCCAAUGUGGUUCCCCUGAACACUCAUACUCUAAUGGGGAAGCCAGGCUACUUCUUACCUGUCCCCACACACACCACACCUGUCGGACUUGGGAGUGGGAGUCACACCCCCUGUUUAAAACCAGCACACACUCCUCGAAGAUCGUAGCCGACGCYUGCUUCAGGCCGUACGGCGUUGGUACCAAACCGGAUGAGCCCUCGCCGCUCCUCAACCACCUCUAUGGCCGUGGAAAGAGAAGAGACUGGCAGUGGAAGGCGCCAUUAUCCAAACCCUUAGUGUUCAUGAUGGGUGAUACCACAUCCACAAUAAACAGGGGGAGGGAGGCUCAGACMUUCAGUUCACAGCCUGGUUCCUUCCCUUCAAACCACUUCCGAUCUGGUGGAUGAAAUGGAGGGAUGGCGGGAGAAAACSCCCCUGAACUCAAGCUAAUGGGCUGUUCAAGGGUAGUACGAAACAAGGCAGCAGUAGACUCUUCAAGUUGUUAAUUCCUUAACUAAUCUCACAUCUCUUUUGUAUCAGCUAUUCUUCCUUCCCUGGGGUCAACUCCCAUUUCAGACUGUAUGUCUCAAAUGUCACCCUAUUCCCUAUAUAGUGCACUACUUUUGACCAGAGCCAUAUGGGUCCUGGUUCAAAAGUAGUGCUCUAUAAAGGGAAUAGGGUGCCAUUUGGGAUGACAACCACUGACAUUUUCCAGCUGUCUAUGCUUCCUCAUCUCAUGAUCCCUCAUUCGAAAUGGGUCUAAAUAGCACACACACACCUGUCUGGCUGCUUGUGUUUGGAACGAGCUGAUCCUASAUCAUCGUGAACCCACUUGGUGCCACCUUGAAGAUGUAUGUGCCCUGACCUCCAAACAGGCCAUAGAGAGUCCCAAGUUACCAUUUCUAUGUAAUGUCUCAAUGUGGAAAUGCUAUCCUGUUUGUAAAACCUUGUUUUUUUUCAGAUGUUGAACCUCUGUUUUCCUUUUUCUUUAUGUUACCACCUAAGACGGGAAUAUUGGUGUAUAUGAAACAACAGCCGACAUUGAGAAAACAAGCUCUAUUUCUCGCCAUGUAGAGGCUUCUCGAACAUUUUUAAUUGAAGACAUUCAUCCGAUGAAAACAAGAAAAGCUCUCCAAGUCCUUCCACAGGAGAAUAACUGAGGAUGGACUUGGAGAAUGUGAAAACCGUUAAAGGGCAUAUUUAACUUAAGUGUACUGACCAUCCACACCGCAAUCUCCCCCCUCUCUCCCCCGAUGUUUUGUCAAGAAGGUUGGAUCACAUGCAUCUCUCAACUCAUAGGCCCCCUAUAAAGGAUUAAGUCAAAUGCUUUUGAGUUUUCCACUGCAUCAAGUAAACAUGUUGUGGUCUAGAACAGUAAAUCAGAAAGUCAACCUUCGUUGAGGAAUCUUUAUUCUAAUUUGGGGUUUGUAUGAAGAUUUUUUUAGGAACUGGCAUUUUUAUCAUAUUUGGAACUCUUUUCUAAUCUGUAAUAAUUGUGUCGAGGCAGUACUGUUUGUUGGGGGGGGGGGGAUUUUUGGAGUUGUCAUUGGUGCUUUUAGUUAAUCUCUUAAAGAUCGAUUUAAGAGCGUGGGGGGUUUAGGUUUGAAGAGGGUUUGGGGUAAAUUUCAUUUCACUUUUGGAAGUGAACUGAAAUUCCCAUUUUCAUUGGAAUUUUAGUUUACUUCCUAAAUUGAAAUGGAAAUAACCGAAACCCUGGUUUGAAGUGCCAACAACUUUUUCGGAGGUGGACUGAGUUGAGAGAUGAGGUGACCGAAGUCUGUCUGUCAGUCCUAUUCACUGACCUGUUUGCAUUUCAAACCAUGCACUCCAGUUUAUAUUCUUACAUGCAUCGUCCACCAUUUUGUAUUUCAUGUUGUAUAAUAUGGCUGUCAAUAAACAAAGAGAUUUUAGAGAUUUUUAUAGCAUUAGUACUUUUGUUUUUGACCAUCUUAACCAGCAACUAAGCCUACCUGUAGAUUCAAUAGAUAUUCUCUGUCUUUUGUCAUAGUGGACUCUACAUUUAGGUCAAAUUGCCCUUUAUAUUAAAAGUGCUGCAUAUUGUGUGCAUAUUGAUUUAAAACCGGGUGGGGAAUGUUGACUCUUUGAAGAGUUUUCUUCUUUUUUUUUUUAGAACCAACCAGUUCUACACCUCUUAAUAACUUCAUCACAAUAUCUGUUGUUAUUUAUUCAAAUCGCUGAAAAUAUUUCAUUUUUUUUAGUAAAUGUAAGGGGAAACAUAACUGGGGAAAAAUACUAUAUGUUUUUAACAGAUUGUGGCAACUCUUAUGAGAUCCUUUUUUGUACUUGAUAGGACAUUUCAUCCUAGAUAAUAAAGUCAUGUUUUUGACAUCAAUUGUC